AUGGCGUUUUCCGCCCGCAAGCGCGCCCGCACCGGCGAGGGCGGCGAGGAGGACGAGGAGCCCGUACCGGUCGCGGAUGGCUUCGAGGCGCCCAUCUUUGGCGCGCGCAUCGUCGGACAGGUCACCACGCUGGCGCUCGAGGGCGAGGACGGCCCUCUAUCGCUCGGUCCGGUUUGCGUCGCGAGCGACCACGCGGGCGCCUGGUAUGUCGCGACGAAGGACUCGCUGCUGCACGUCUCGGCGGCCGGGCGCGUGCGCCGCGUGGCAGCCUUGCCGGCAAGUGACGAAGGCUACAGCGCUGCUGCCAGCCCAGACGGGAGCGCGGUGUUUGUGGCGGACUACAGCAACCACAAGAUCCGGCGGGUGGAGGUGGCGACGGGAGAGGUGACAACGCUCGCGGGCAGCGGCGAGUUUGGCGACGCGGAUGGUGUUGGCGACGCGGCGGAGUUCUACAGCCCAACUGGCAUCGCUAUCAGCCCAGACGGCGCGCUGUUUGUGACGGACCUCGACAACGACAAGAUCCGGCGGGUUGAGGUGGCGACGGGCGCGGUGACCACGCUCGCUGGAGGCGGCGGGGCUGGCGACGCUGAUGGCAUGGGCGACGCGGCGCAGUUCUACCACCCCUACGGAGUCGCCAUCAGCCCAGACGGCGGCGCGCUGUUUGUGACGCACUUCCACAACCACAAGCUCCGGCGGGUGGAGGUGGCGACGGGCGCUGUGACCACGCUCGCGGGCGGCGGCACCAUGGGAAGCGCUGACGGCGUGGGCGACGCGGCGCAGUUCUACAACCCAAGUGGCAUCGCCAUCAGCCCAGACGGCGGCGCGCUGUUUGUGGCGGACUACGGCAACCACAAGAUCCGGCGGGUUGAGGUGGCGACGGGAGAGGUGACCACGCUCGCGGGCAGCGGCGCGGAUGGCGACGCGGAUGGCGUGGGCGACGCGGCGCAGUUCAGCUACCCAAAUGGCAUCUCCAUCAGCCCAGACGGCAGCGCGCUGUUUGUGGCGGACUAUGAGAACCACAAGAUCCGGCGGGUUGAGGUGGCGACUGGCGCUGUGACCACGCUCGCUGGAGGCGGCGGGGCUGGCGGCGCGGAUGGCGUGGGCGACGCGGCGCAGUUCUGCUGCCCAAUUGGCAUCGCCAUCAGCCCAGACGGCGGCGCGCUGUUUGUGGCGGACUACGGCAACCACAAGAUCCGGCGGGUU